AUGGCGACUCCCUCGUGGCUCGACGUCCCUGAGGGAUCCCAUUUCUCCCUCGCAAACAUCCCAUUUGGCAUCAUCAGUCCACCCGACUCGACCGAGCGUCACGCGGCUGUCGCAGUGGGAUCCCACGUCCUGGAUCUGGCCAUAUUCUCUGCAGAAAACGGAUUUGCAGCUCUGGAAUCGUUCUCAGCCCAUGCCAACAACGCUUUCUCCCUACCCGUCCUCAAUUAUUUUGCAGCACUGGGUCGCGCGGUGCACCGCGAAGUUCGCUCGUACCUCCGUAGCAUGUUUCUCCAGGACUCGCCCCACGCGCAGAUUCUCAAAAACAAUGAGUCCCUACGGCGACGGUGUCUAUUUCGGCUGGACGAUGUCAGGACUCAUGUCCCCAUGAGCAUUGGAGACUACACAGACUUCUACGCCGGCGCCAACCACGCAUACAAUGUCGGUGUGCUGUUCCGCGGGGCAAACAACGCGCUCCAGCCCAAUUACACGCACCUGCCGGUCGGCUAUCACGGCCGCGCCUCGUCCAUCGUGAUAUCCGGGACGCCAGUGCGCCGGCCAUGGGGCCAGGUCCUCCAGAAUGCCGCAUCGGACCCCAAAGAGCCGACAUUCAGGCCCUGCGCCAAACUCGACUUCGAACUCGAACUCGCCGCCUUCGUCUGCACGGCGAACCCGCUUGGCCAGCCUGUGACACUGGCACAGGCCGAGGAGAACAUCUUUGGCUACGUUUUGAUGAACGACUGGUCGGCCCGCGACGUACAGGCGUGGGAGUACGUCCCGCUUGGGCCCUUUGGGUCGAAGAAUUUCGCCACGACCAUCAGCCCGUGGAUCAUUCUGGCCGACGCCCUCGAACCAUUCCGCACCAAGGGGCUGGAGAACAAGUCGAGGCUGUCGCCGUAUCUGGUCCCUAGCCGCGCGGACACGGCCUUGGACAUUGAUCUCCAGGUCGACCUUACAACAACCGCCGGCCACCGGACGACGAUCACGUGCACCAACGCAAAAAACCUACUCUGGUCCUUCCCGCAGAUGCUGACGCACCACACUAUCACGGGUUGUCCUCUCAACGUCGGCGACCUGCUCGGGUCGGGAACCAUCAGCGGCUCGACGCCCGGGUCUCAAGGUAGUCUUCUCGAACAGAAUCGCAACGGAACGGCGGCCAUCGAGCUGAGAGGGGAGGAGCAGAGAUUGUUCUUGCAAGACGGCGAUACCAUCACCAUCACGGGAUGUUGUGGCACUUCAGCUGGAUCGCGGGAUCUGGUGGGCUUUGGAUCAUGUCGUGGGACCAUUGAAGCUGCGUUGUUGAAGACUCACUGA